AUGAACGGCAUCAAGACAGAAGCCGGGGUCAAGGCGGAAGGCGACAUAGGCUUCAUGGACGAUGACUUCUACGAGGACACCGGCGAGAUGAGCAUCAACAAGGACAAUCCUCAACAGGAUGUCUGGCUCACGCGGAUUCCAGACUGGCUCUACGAGGCAGUGUCUAAAUGGGAAAACGUUGCCGACGGUAACGACAACGAUCAGAUACAGAUCGGCGAAGUCCUCGCAUUCGCGACGACGAGCGGCAUCGACAAGGACAAGCCUAUGCGCGUCUUCCUCGAUGAUCGUUGGCGCGCAAAGUCCAACUUACCCUCCGCCUUCCAGCUCGAUCCUGCAGCCGCUUCCGAAGCGCAACUGGGCAACACAUACAUCUUUACAGAGAAGGAUCUGCCAGGGUUCAAGGGACAAGGCUUCGGCUAUGGGAGAGGCCACGGAGGCUAUGGUGGUGGUAUACAAGAUCCGAAUGCGCGCGUCCAAAAACGGAGCAAGUACAAGAAGGCGAUCCCCAAACAGACUGCCCUCGUCGGCCACGCGACACGGCAGUAUAACGCGAAUCCUCUCGAAACCAAAGAGUUCAAGGACUUCAGCGCCGCGCGCAUCAAACAAGCCAUUCAAGGCUCCUACACCACCACCAUCAUCACGAAAGACACCGAAGUCUCUGACGUCAACAACUCCAUCACCCUCAACAACCGCUUCAAGAACUUCAUCAAGCCCACGACCAAGGCCAAGUCACAGCAGAACAAGGCGGCUCGUAUGGCUCGUUCCGACCUCAUCGACGUACUGCACCAGCUGUUCGACGAAUACCAGUACUGGCCGAUGAAGGCUAUCAAACAGCGCACAAAACAACCAGAGCAGUAUCUCAAGGAGGUGCUUGGCGACAUUGCGCUGCUUGUCAAGUCUGGGCCCUUUGCGAGCAACUGGAAGCGGCAGGCCGUCUUCGACAACCAACGCGAUACUAGUAAGCAAGCAGAGGCAGCUGCGCCAGAGGGUCCGGGUGAUGGCGACUCAGAGGGCGAGGACGAGAUGGAGGAUGUAGUGUAG